AUGUCCCCCAAACCAGCCAUUCUUUUCAUUUCAAGCCCCGACUACUCUUCUGAGCUGUACCAAACAACUAUAAAAAAUGAGUUUCAAGUGGUUCACCACGACUUUCAAUCUAGCGAUCCGCAAGACUUCUUAAACUUCCUACAUGGAAACUUUGACGCCAACUCAAAACCGCUGACAGCGAUUUAUGGUGGAUUUCCUUCAUUCCACCCUAUUGGAGGAUUGACUGAGGCUUUGAUUGAAGACAAGCUGUUCCCAAAGGAUACUAUAAAAUGUAUCGUACUGUGUUCGCGUGGAGUAAACGGCGUUGACAUCCCUGCUUUGGAGAGGAAUAAUAUAAAGCUGUUCAAUUACAAUGAUGAGCCGGAUUCUUAUUCUAAAAAUAACAAGGUACUGAAAAAGGCAGGGGUGGUCGGCAAUGAUGUUGCUGAUUGUGUACUUUGGCACGUAUUAGAAGGCUACCGGAAACUAUCAUACCAGCAAUUGCACUUGCGGAAGACCAGAAACACGCUCACGUCUAGACUUGCUGCCGCAGGUAAAUCUCCUGACUUGAAUGAAUUCGCUUUCGGACAUGAGUUAGUUUCUUGCUGUGUUGAAAGCCCAAGGGAUAAGAAAGCACUAAUUCUAGGGCUAGGUAGUAUAGGCAAGCAGAUUGCUCUCAAACUACACUACGGAUUAGGCAUGCAGAUCCAUUACGCGAAACGCACAUGUGACAGCGAGGUCCCAUGGUGUUAUCACCCACUUGACGCUUCUAUAUACGACAAGCUCUCACAAUUUUCCACGAUGAUCGUAGCGCUGCCAGGCACUCCGGAGACCAAACACCUCAUUGACAAGGACUUUUUGAGCUACUGUUCACGGGAUUUGGUACUUGUAAAUAUAGGGAGAGGGUCGGUACUCGAGCCCGAUGCAAUUGAAUCUGCGCUAGAGCAGGGGCAGAUUCGGCACCUUGGAGUUGACGUGUUUUACAAUGAACCUGAGGUUGAAGAAUGGCUCACAAAAAAUACUGCGCGCGUAUCACUUACCCCACAUGUGGGGAGCGGUACCAAAGACAAUUUUUAUCAAAGCUGCGAAUUCGCGCUUAACAAUAUCAUAGAGGUGGUGCUUCGUAACUCGGACGGUUACUCAAGGGUAGUAUAG